AUGCGGUCUUCAUCAUUUUUAAUUCUGGCUACUGCACUGUUACCAUCUGCCUUUGCGCGAAUCUUGAGCGAAGUGGGUACUCUGUACAGCGGGCCUAAUGCGAAUGGCUACAAGCAAUGGGCAAAGAUUGAUGGUAGAUGCCGACGACUGAAUCCCCGUCUAGCCGAAAAUGUAGGGUCCCUCUAUAUUGGAGAGGGCGCCUCUUGUGAUCUUUUUGAGGAUACACGCUGUGAGAAAUACGUAUAUGAAGUCAAACCAACCGGGGAGGACAAUCUAUUUGACUCAGGAGUCGGAUAUAUCUCCAAUUCAGUUCGCUGUGACUAUUUCAAAGAUGUAUAUAGGGUACAGGAUUUCUAG